AUGUUGCCGUUUCACAGGCAGUGGAAAAAAACUAACGGUGAUGAUGAAGUGGCCAAUCUGGGCCAUAGCUGGAGAGAAGUUAAUCAGAGGGUGCUAAAGGAUGCACCUUGCUCGGUGGCAUUGCUUGUGGACCGUGGAUUUGGUGGUGGGUUCCAACAAACUCCAAGGCCCACUGCCAUCGUAGCACAGAGGGGAGGGUUUGGAGUUAGGUGGAGGAUGGCUGAACAUCCUGCCAGUCAAGUGACGGUUAUAAUGUUCAUUGAGAAAGAUGGAAUUGAGAUUAACGCUGUUAUGUUACGGCCAUCACCGAAUAAAUGUAGAGGAGAGCUAUAG